UAUCAAUUUAUUUUUUUCAGUUAAAAUGUCCGAUCCCGCAGAAAAUAUUAUUCCAUGAUCAAGUUCAAGUAGAUGAGCCAAGUUUAUAAAGAAUGAACCUGACGGAAAACAAUACAACAAAGAAUCAGCUUCUCUAUGCUGGUUUCAACCAAGAUCAAGGUUGUUUUUGCGCCGGAACCAAAACUGGAUUCAAGAUCUUUAACUCCGACCCCCUGAGGGAGAAGGAAUCAGAGGACUGGGGUAGCUCCGGAGCCGGAGGGAUCAGGUUCCUCGAGAUGCUGUUCCGGUGCAACUACGUGGCUCUGGUUGGGAACGGAGACGGUCCAGAGUUUGCUCCGAAUAAGGUUUAUAUCUGGGAUGAUUUAAAGAAGAAAACUGUGAUUGAAAUGGAGUUUUCCAGUGAUGUGAAGUGUGUGAGAUUACGACGAGACAGGAUAGUUGUUGUGUUGGAACAACUUAUUAAAGUGUUUACAUUUACAUCAUCUCCUACACAGCUUCAUGUUUUUGAUACAAGUUUGAAUCCGAAAGGAUUAUGUUCUCUAAGUCCAAGUUCCUCCAACAGUCUACUCGCUUUCCCUGGGUUGAAGCCAGGUCAGGUUCAGCUGGUAGAUCUAGCAGUUACAGAGAAAUCACCGUUAACAAUAACAGCACAUGGUUCAGCUCUGGUAGCUAUCACUUUAAAUAUCCAAGGCACAAAGAUAGCAACAGCAAGUUGUAAAGGAACCUUGAUCCGUGUAUUCGAUGUCCUGAACGGAUCCUUGUUGUGUGAGCUGAGACGAGGAUCGAACCCUGCCACCAUCUACUGCAUCAACUUCAACUCUGACUCCAGCCUGCUAUGUGUCUCCAGCGACCACGGAACUAUCCAUAUAUUCUCCCUGGAGGAGAAGAAUAAAAACAAACAGUCGAGUUUAGCCGCAGCAUCUUUCCUUCCUAAAUACUUCUCCUCAAUGUGGAGUUUCUCAAGAAUUGAGGUUCCCGGAGGUGCCAGAUGCAUCUGUGCUUUCACCCAGGACAGCAGUAUCGUAGCUGUCUGCUCGGAUGGGAGCUACAACAAGUUCGUCCUGGACGACAAGAAGAAUUUCGUCCGAGAUAAAUGUGAACUUUUUCUAGAACUCAAGAGCAGAUGAGAGAUGAUCAUAAAUAUGAUCCUCAUGGUGUCCCAAUAAGUAGAACAAGAAGUACAACUUCGACCAUAUUCACAAUUUAUACUAUUUACUGGGACACUCUAUGAUUUCAUUUAAUAUCGACGAUGUUUAGUGUUUACAAGUAUUCUGUGAUAUUGAGAUGAUCUAAUAAUUAUUAUUUCUUUCUAAUA